AUGUCACUUAGAAACAUUUUACAAAAUGGUUUUGGAAUUGAAACUCAACCGGACGCACCGGAGGAAAUUAAAAAUUCUCUUAGAUUCGAAGUUCCUUUAAACAAAGAGAACAAUAUAGUAUAUUUUCCAUACCUAGUAAAUCCUCCAAAGGCAACUAACGUUCAAACAAGUAUAUCAGAAUGUAACAGUUAUAUGGAAGACGAAAGUGCUUUAGAAAAUUUAAUUGUCGCUGAAACGGCGAAUUUUUUAGAUCAUUUGGCAAAUGAAAAAAGGCCAGAUCCAAAAUUUUAUGCGAUAACAAGAUUAGGAACCGCACCAGGCCUAUUCGGUGCCGGUGUUUCGCCACCGGCAGAGAUUAUAAAUAAUCAAAUUAGCGGGACUACUAAAUCGAAAACACGGAAGAAUGUUAAUUCUUCAACAAAAACAAAAAGCAAAAAAGCUAUCAAGCUGGAGGAUAAACAGACUAUAAUCAACGACUAUGAUGAUAUGAGUAUAGAUGAGGAUUCCAUUAAAGAUCCAGUAAAAAGUAAUUUAAAAGUACCGGAAUCGAAACCAAAGAAACGAACCAUAAAGACUAAACUUUCAGAUACGAGCAAAAUUUCUAAUAAAGAAUCGGCUUCAUUGGAGGUGCAAAGACUCAUACAAAAACAUAAACGUCGUAAAGAGAAAAAGCGCAUUAAGGAUGUAGUAGUUAACGUUAAGGCUCUGAAAGUUCCACAGGCGGUGUUCUCAAUGGAUGUACUUUCGGACUCUACCGUAUAA